UACGAAUUCACUCAAGGUCAAAGUGGCUUAGUAACCACAUUAAAACCUAUUGUCGAACAUUGGUCUUACCCUCAGUUCGCAAAGGCAGUCCUUGACAACUACAACAAAUUCUUCUCCGAAGUCAAAUCCAAAGUCAAGGUUUACUAUGAGAACAUUGACGCACUCAUGACGAACGAAGAAGGCUAUAACAAACUCAUUGAAAUGGGCAUGGUCGGUGAAAAGAUGGGUCAAUUCAAAUUGGACAAAAUUUUCACCGAAGUUCAUGUAAUAUCGAAAAGGAAGUACUGGGGUGUUAAAGAAGACGGCACAGAAAUAAAACAUUGCAUGAAAUAA